AUGGGCAUCAACUCGCGUAAUAUCGAUUCCCAAAUGGAACAAAGGCCCCUUGGUCAGCCAAAACAUUACCACACCAAUCUCGAGAUGUUGUUUUCCCUCAUCCUUCUCACGCUGUGUGCCUUUGCUGCUACAGCAGAAGAUUCAGAAUCGAGUGAAAGUUCUUCAGAACAAACCCACGACAAUGAACAUCCCCGAAGAUACGUAGAAGCACUCAUGGACUGCAGCGAGAAAUAUCAAGUUCCUCCAAAUUACUUUACAAUGAUCUUGAAUGGAGACGCACCUGUUUUCAAUGACGCAAAAUGCUUCGUCAAGUGCGGCAUGAUGGGUUUACACUAUUUAAAUGAAGACGGGAGCCUCAACGAAAAGGAAGUGAGAUCAGUCGUGCACAGAUUCUUCGCAGAACCAAGUGCACACGAACAAGCGAUCAAUACCUGGUUAAACUGUGAAAAACAAAGUAAAUCAGAGCAGUAUGCUGACGAUUCAUGUGAAAGAGCCUACAACAUGUUCAUGUGCUACUCUGAACAUAUGAGCAAGUGCUUCAUGAAAUGCGGUUUGGUUGGAAUGGGUUAUAUUAAUAGAGAUGGCAGCCUCAACGGAGCAAACCUAAAAAACACAGUAUACAAGUACUUCAACGAUGAGUCGCAACGGGACUUUACAAUCAGAGCUUGGCUGGCUUGCGACCAAAAGUGCCAUUCUGCAUUCUAUAGUGACGAUUCCUGUGAUAGAGCUUUCAAUCUAGCCAUGUGCUUUGUCGAACAAAUUAAAAAUGUAUGUACCGAACAAAUCUAA